AUCGGACUCCAGAAGGAGCAAGUGGUAGUGAGGAACCAGCCCCAACUCCGCUCUCCUGACACUCGGACCCACUCUCCUGUCUCUGCUCACCACCAUGAAGGUCCCUGUGGCGGCUCUUGCCAUCCUCCUCUGCAUCGCGGCCCUGUGUACCCACGUCUUCUCUACACCAAUUGGUGCCGACUCCCCAACCGCCUGCUGCUUCUCCUAUGUCUCCCGGCAGAUGAAAUUCAAAUCCAUAACCGACUAUUAUGAGACCAACAGUCAGUGCUCCAAGCCCGGCAUCAUCUUCAUAACCAAAAAAAACCAGCAGGUCUGUGCCAAACCCAGUGAGGCCUGGGUUCAGGAAUACAUCACCAACCUGGAACUGAAUGCUACAAGGAGCCCAGUGACCUCUGUGGACAGACUGUAGAGCAGGGGCUCAAACCUCAGAAACAUCCUUGAAGCCUACACAGCUAACUCUCCUACCAGCGGUGUAUCUACGUAAAAUAGCAUCUAUGGCAAUUAGUUUUAAAUUCCUGAAUGACCUCUCACAACUGUUGAUGGAAACUAUGAUAGCCAAUAGAUACUAUUCAUUGGCGCCCACCCACCCCCAGGUGGCACCCAGGGCACGUGCCCUAUCUGCCAUACCUUUGAUAUACCUCUGCUACGGCUGAUGGACAAAUAACCACACUAUGGGACUUUUCUUAACUUAACUUUUAAUUUAUUUAUACUAUUUAAUUUUUAUUUAAUUUUUGUAAUUUAUUUUCUCUACGGUACUGUGUGACUUGCUUGCUCCGAUAGGACCCAGGAUAUGCUCUCCACCACCCCACCCUCACUUUUCAUUCAUACUGUGAUUGGUAAGAAUUGAGUGACUAUCAUUGGCUUGUUCUAGGCAGAUGUUGUACCAAAGCCACCAGACUGACAAAUAACCAUUGGACACACUGAAUAAUAAAGAUGCUCUUUUUAAAAAGUAAA